GGUGGGGACGGGGGACGGGCAGGGGGAAGUUGUAAAGAUGGCGGCAGAGCCCGUUCGCUCUUCCCCGGGCUGAGGCGUUCGGCGAGGGUCCCUGGAGUGCCGAGAGCGGCGAGGCGGUGCCGGCGGCCCAGCAGCAAGCGGCGGCGGCGGCGCUUCCGUCAUGUCGGAGCCGGGGCACUUGGGGGUGAAGCGGGCCGAGUCGGCGCGUCUGCGGCGGGCGGAGCAGCUGAAGCGCUGGAAGGGCUCCUUGACCGAGCUGGAGCCGGCGGCUCCCGUCCGGAGCCGGCGCCGCGGCGGGCCCCGCGUCCGCUUCGAGGACGGCGCCGUCUUCCUGGCUGCCUGCUCCAGCGGCGACACCGAGGAGGUGAAGCGCUUGCUGGCCCGCGGAGCCCGCCUCAACACGGCCAACGUGGACGGGCUGACGGCGCUGCACCAGGCAUGUAUAGAUGAGAACCUGGACAUGGUAAAGUUUCUGUUAGAAUACGGAGCCAAUGUAAAUCAGCAAGAUAACGAGGGCUGGACCCCACUUCAUGCGGUUGCAUCUUGUGGCUAUCUGAACAUAGCAGAGUAUCUGAUAAGUCAUGGGGCCAACGUAGCUGCUGUGAACAGUGAAGGUGAAGUCCCAUCUGACCUUGCAGAGGAAGCAGCCAUGAAGGAUCUGCUCUUGGAACAAGUAAAGAAACAAGGAUUGGAUCUUGAUCAGGCAAGAAAAGCGGAAGAGCAACAAAUGCUGCAGGAUGCACGGCAAUGGCUGAACAGGAGGAAAAUUGAUGACAGGAAGCAGCCCCGAACUGGUGCUACAGCUCUUCAUGUAGCUUCAGCUAAAGGCUACUCUGAGGUGAUGAGGCUCUUGAUCCAAGCUGGGUAUGAUGUGAAUGUCCAGGACAAUGAUGGCUGGACUCCACUCCAUGCUGCUGCACAUUGGGGAGUGAAGGAAGCUUGCUCUAUCUUGGCUGAAGCACUGUGUGACAUGGACAUCAGGAACAAGCUGGGUCAGACACCAUUUGAUGUCGCCGAUGAAGGAUUGGUUGAACAUUUAGAGAUGCUCCAGAAGAAACAGAAUAUGCUGCGCAGUGAAGAGACAAGAAACAAGCUAAUAGAAGCUGAUAUGAAUGGGAAACUUCAAAGUGGGCUUUUCAAAAACAAAGAGAAGAUUCUUUACGAGGCAGACACUCUGAAAUGCCUAGAAAGGGAAGAAGAAAACAAAGAGUCCAGUAGCUCCAGCUCUGAGGAAGAAGAAGCCGAGGAAGAUGAAGCUUCAGAGUCUGAUACUGAAAAAGAGGCAGAGAGAAAGGAAGAGUCUAUUGCUAAUCAUUCCAAUCAUGAACGCAGAACUCAAAUCACAGAACAAGUGCCACCACCAGAGCAUAACUCUUUCACUAUGGCUCCUGCCAGAAAAUUUACUCCAUUGCUCAACAAGUCUGAAGAGCAAAAGGAUGAAUCUCCUUCAUCAUGGAGGCUAAGUCUACGGAAAACUAGCAGCCAAAACACGCUUAGUGAAGGAAGCGUUCCUCGUGACAUGCCAAGAGAGAAGGAUGGUUCCAUAUAUCGUUCUUCUUCGACCCCUCGGAUUUCUGCAUUAUUAGACAACAAAGAGAAGGACAAGGACAACAAAAUCUAUUUUGCUUCAAUAGCCCCUCGAAGGUUAAACAGUGCAGGUGACAUAGAAGAAAAGGAAAACCGAGAAUCUGCUGUAAAUUUGGUACGGAGUGGUUCUUAUACCCGGCAACAGUGGAGGGAUGAACCAAAGGGAAAUGAAGCACCUGCAACGGGUGCACCUUCCACUUAUGUAUCUACUUAUAUGAAAAGUGCUUCAUUUGGUAGAAGUAGUGACCUCAGCAGUCCCUAUAUUUCAGCCAAUCGCAAUGCAUCUUCUGCUACCUCACCCACUAUUAUUGGUUCAUCUACCUCAUUGGGCACAGAGUGGCAGCUUGCCUCUUGCCCUUCAUCUGUCAAUUCUAGCACUACAGCAUCAGUACGCCAGUUUAACAGAUCCCCUUACAGACAACAAACUGACACUACAACAGAGAAGAGCACAGAGGGCAUCUCUCCUAGCAUUCCAUUAAGUGUCAUAACAAAUCUCGCUGUACCCAGUAGUGCCAAUGGUGUCACAACUGCCAAUUUUAACUCAACGACUGGAACAGAGUCCUCUACUGGUGAUGCUAGGGAUCGUAGAAGGUCAUAUCUGACUCCUGUCCGGGAUGAAGAAGCAGAAUCUCUAAGAAAGGCACGAUCCAGGCAAGCUCGCCAGACUCGUAGAUCUACACAGGGCGUAACACUUACAGAUCUUCAGGAGGCAGAGAAAACCUUUAGCCGAUCUCGGACAGAGCGGCACGAACAGCCAAGUGAAAAAUUGGAAAGAACUGAAGCAACUGAGGAAGACCGUGAGAGGCAGGCACAGACUGCAACAAGGGAACCUGGGGAGACCCGCUCACGAUGGAACAGAAACUUGGAUGAAGAGUCUGUUGGCCAACGAUUGAGGGGCUCGGCACAGCAAGACAAACCCACAAGCCCCAUCUCUCCUUCAUUAGCUCCUUAUCUUUAUUCAAGUUCUCACCUUCCCAGGACAAGUAGAUCUGUAUCUUCUGAUUCUGUGAACCCAUCAGACUUCCAAAGCACAUCUGUUGCUGACAUGGAGAAAAAUGAAUAUGAAGAUCAGGAUUUGGAUGACAGAACUUCAAACAAGCAGUCGGUUAGAGAGAGGAGGCGGCCGAAAGAGAGACGAAGAGGCACAGGGAUCUCUUUCUUUACAAAGGAUGAUGAUGAGAUGGAUGGUAAUGAAGAAGUGAAAGAGGACAGGCAUGAGAGGCUUUCCAGGUUGGAUGCAGCAAGUUCAAGUACAGGCACCAGCGAUGCCUAUGGGGACCGGCCCUCUGGUCGUAGCGCCUACACCAGAAGAGAGAAUCGCCUGGCUGCCCUCAGCAGCAGGACGGAGGAUGACAGUAGCAAGGAUUAUAAAAGACUCUAUGAGAGUGCUCUGUCUGAAAAUCAAAAGCUGAAAUCAAAACUGCAAGAUGCUCAGUUGGAGCUCGUCGAUAUCAAGACAAAAAUUGACAAAAUAGCCCAGCAGAAGCAAGAAAAAACCUCUGACCGUUCAAGUAUGCUAGAGAUGGAAAAGAGGGAGAAACGAGCUCUUGAACGGAAGCUCUCGGAAAUGGAGGAGGAGAUGAAGUCAAUGGGGAAGACAUCGGGUGCUUCGGAAAAUGAGGCGAGGCGACCCUCUGCCUUGGAUCCGAGGCGAAAUGUGAUGUUAAGCCAAGCCACCAAGCCGAGGCAACCCCCAGCCCGAGCCAAUGAGAGGUUUUGACAGAACUGAAGUCAGACAAUCAGCGGCUGAAAGAUGAAAAUGGAGCUCUCAUCCGUGUCAUCAGCAAACUCUCGAAGUAGUAUAUUGAACAUAGGAUGGGCAGAAAGAGGAGAUAUUUGUGCACAUGCUGCCAACCCUGCCACCUGCUUCUGAUCUUCCAGUUGAAAGAGCAGCUGGCAUUUCAGACAUGGAUCAGCUAGCCCCACCCUUCACUGCUCUUUGCACCUUGCUAGGCAUUCCCAUAUUGCACAGUGCUUAUCCUUCCCCCCAACACAGCAUGCCCCGCCAUGUUUUAAUAUUUUUGGAAUGUUGAAGUAACUCAUUUGAAGGGACAAAGACUGGGUUGGCACUGUCUGAGCUGCCCAAAUGAUCUGCUGUAAGCUCCAUAUCCGUCCACCAUCAUCUGGUGUAAAGAAGAAUCUACUGUAAUAAGUGAUAUAGAAGUGACUCCAUAGCGUUGACCCAACAUGUCUUAAGAUACUGUCUUGGAGUAGGAAUAAUGAGUGAAACUAGGAAUUGCCACUGAGGAUUUAUCAGUCUCCAUUCUGGAAUUUGAAAGUCUGCGGUGCUGGUGAAAGCCAUGAUGACUUAUUUCUCUGGGAGUCUGACAACAGUCACUUGGCUUGGAGAUUCGUGUUUUCCAUGUGUCUCAGUAGCUAACUGAUUUAUUUAAUGUAAGAUUUUUGAUAAUUUAAUUUGGGGAUCCAAUCACUGGUUCUCCUUUUUGUUUUGCUUCACUUUUGCCUGCUACCCUUUGAUGGUUCUUGUUGUUUUUUCCAUGGGUGCCUUCUUUGGUACUGUUUAAUAAUAAUGUGAUCUUACAGCCUCUGCAUUCUUUGGCUAACAGUUUGCCCCUUGAUUUUUCAAGACUUCUGGUGGAAAGAGAGCUAACCAGCAAAAAGUGCUUAUUGAAUGAAAUUCCAUAGACACAAUGCCAAAAUACUUCUUUAUUAGCAAGAUGUUUGGUUUUUCUACAUGGAAAAACCUCACAAAAGACCUGGGCAAACAAAUCACAUUUAUGUUAACUUGCCAGUAGAUACACAUUAAGUUGAAUAGGUGAGUGUUCUCAGUUUUAACAACAGCAAGGUUUGAGGGAUGAUGGAUAGAUGCACAUAUCCCUGUGGAAAAUGAUGAGCCUCAAUCUUGGUGGAACGUCUUGGCAGUAGCAUUCUAUGAUGUCUGAGAAUUUUGAUACCAUGAUCAUUUGCGCAGUUGUAAGACAUGAAUUUGCAUUUAAUGAGGGCAUCAACAGCAGGACCUACAUUUCUCAAAAAGCCAUUUCUGUGCAUACUGGAAAUGAACGAAUUCAUGUUUAUGGGUUAUCAUGAUGUAACUAAUUUGCACACUCUGUUCUUCUGGAUACUACAGAGAACCAGAUUUCAUCUGCAGAACCUGUUAAGGAGAUUUCCUGUCAAUAUGGCAACAUGCCAGUGGACUUGCUCUGUUCUUUCCCUGCAUUCUUUUAAUUCUCACAAUUAUUUAAAACAAGGAACUUUGGGAUCUGAGAAUAACUACUCUUGAGAGCAUACAAGUGAGCAGUAGAAAUUUAGACAUUUCCUUCAGCAUUUAUCAGAGGGGGGAGGUGCUUUUUUGAUCAGUUAUGGAUCAGCUCUGAGACGAAGACAGAAUUGUGCAAAGAGACUCAGCAAGACUUCAUCUUCCUUUCUUACCCCCAUGCACCCUCAGAAUCUCCAGAGGCCCCCCGCAACCCUUGAGCAAGUUUGAGGGCAUACCAGGGACUUCAGAAGGAAGGAGAGGACGUUGAAGUCCCAUUGCACGAUUAGAAGUCUGUUUCACUCAAAUAUGGAGACUCCAUAUGUUUGCACUCCGUUUCUGAGUAGAACUGUAUGAAUUCAGUUAAUAACCAGCGGAUACCAUCUUUGCAUAGAACCAUCUCAAAAGGCUAAUUCAGUGUUCUACUAUGGUAAACAUAGCUUGCCCCUUUGAACAGAAACAAGGUAAACUCCAAGUUCUUAGCAAGCUAUUGCUUAAAAAAAGAAAAAAAAGCACCAGAAAUAUUGUCUGACAUUAUGUUUCAUUUUAAAAACAGCAGAUAGUCAGGAUUCUGGAUGGGUCAGAUAAAUUAUCUGGUACAAUCUCUUAUACUCUAAUAAUUUUAUGUGUUGCUUUUCUUACAUCCAGUGCUUUUCUUAAACAGUUACCUUCCUACCAACCUUGUUUCAGAGCUAGAUAGGCUUGUGGGGGUUGUUUUAUACUGGCCACAACAUGCACUGAUCUCUGUGGGUGGUAUCUUCCAGCUAAAGCAUUCUAGCUCACCAGUCUAGCUGAUUUUACACCGAUGAGAGUAUUUGGCUGAACUUUUUCAGACUCUGCCAUGAAUAAUCAUUUAACCUCAAAGAAGGAGCAGACAUCUGGUGCUUAUGGUCCAUUCUAUAAUGAUCCCUGCAUUCUACUGUUGCCAGUUCUCACUUAGCAUACAGUAGGUUAAGCAUAUCUCACAGUUUUAAUGUGCAGACUUUAAAAGACACAGACUAUGGUGGCUAAUGCAGCAAGGAUGGCUUGCCUGUGGCCCUGCAGAAGUUGGAGGGCUCCAGUUCCCCCCAGCCCCAGCAGCAUCUGAAGGACCACAGAUGGCCACAUUGAUACAUCAUGAAGGAUGGUGACCUAGGAAGUUGAGACUUUUUAAUGUUGGGAUUUGAUAUUUAAACUUGAAUUCUGUCCAGCCUGAAAAUUACGUGAGCAAAUUAAUCCUGUUGACAAGCCAAAACACUGACUAUGAUAUCUAGUGCUACUGAAAGUAACUUAAGCAGAUUAUUUUGGGGGGGCACCAAGAUCAGUGUUGUCCUCCAAGUAUCCUGUGUCUUGACAUUCUGGGCUUCAUGUCAUGUCAAUUUUUUACUUAUUUUAAUACAUAGCCUAGUCUUCCUUAAUAAGGCUUCCCUAAACCAAUCACCUGAGAACCCAUUUUAUUCCAAUAUUAAAGUUAACACUGGCCUGGACAUCCAUCUCACCUUGCAAAACUGAGGUAUGAAUGAGAGUUCUGCCCCCCCCCCCCAAUCAUGCAGUUCUUUUGUCCAAACCAGGAUAACUUGAGAAAAACCCUGAAUCUUAAAUCUUAGUUUGAAUUUGGUUUGACAAUCCUGUCUUGUUCCAAAGCUGGUAGCCAUAGUUUCACAAACUGGAAAACACUGGUAAAUAGAGGCCCUUGUUGAAGCACAACUCACUCAAAGGGAGCAGCUGAGGGGCUGUGUACAGGAGCAAAAUAAUAUCUUGAUUGAUUAAGAUGAUAUAUGAUUGUUCAAAUGCAGGCUAUUAUUUUAAUAUAACGUUUUAACCAAGGGAGUAGACAAUUCAGGACUGUUCACUCAUAAGCAAAUUCAUGCCUCUUUUUAAGAAAACCCAGAGAAAAUAUUACUGCUACUGAAUUAUGAUUGCUUUGUACUGGUGCGUUUUAGUGUUCCAAUGGAUUUUAUAUAAUGUUGGUUAUAAUUGUGAAGUCUGGUAGAAUAUUCUCUACAUAUAAAGUACAAAUUAUGCGGAGAAAGCACUGCAAGUUUAUUCUGUGAGCAGUGAGAGCUUUUAACUGGAAGGCACUGGGAGGUUUUUCUUUAAACUCUUCUGCCUUAUUGCUUUCUUACUCCAAGAAGCUUUUACAGCUCAGUGUACAUCCUAAGAUGUACUUGCAUGUCUAAGGUCUUAGAAACCUCUUCCACAUCUGUGUUGAAGUUCCUGUGCAACUUUUUUGAUAUAAGAAGCAAGGCUUGGAGUAAAGAAGGAGCGGGUUUCAUUGCUUGCAAAUUGUGAAUGCGAGGUUUAUGUGUGGUGGCUUGUUGGUCUAAAGCAAAGUUCCAGAAGAAACUAGAGGCAUGCAAAAAGGGCCAAGUUGAAGGAAACAUGCAGAUACAAAGGUAGUAUUGAGAGCUGACAUAUUGUGGUUGAAUGCCUUGCAUUAAAGGAGGUUGUGUUGUACUGCUAAAAUGCAACAUGAAUAAUAUGGAUGAACAGCUGUCAUAUGCAGAGAACUCUAACCAGUGAAAUGGAAAUGGAAUUUUAAGUGGGGGGUAGAUUUAGAGCUGCAAGAGCAUGUGUACUUGAUUUCAUCUGUGUUUUGUGACAGCUGAUGAUGCAGCAUCUGUGCACUGUCCAUAUUGAUUCACUGUUAAUGGAAGGAAUUAAAGAAUGACUCUAGAGAUCGGACCAGAUAUAAUUCAGUCAGUCAUCUUCAGUAAGUCAGGGUUUAAGAGUGCACUGUGUUUUAUCAAAUCAGCUAAUUUCAGAUUGAUUGGUGGUUUCUAGUCCACAUAGGAAUAAUUAUUAUCAGAACCGGUCUAUAGAAAUCUGAUAGCAAAGUAUUUGAUGCCAUAGAACUGACUUCUUUUAAGGGCUGUGGAUACAAUCCAGUCGGUGGUUGUUCAUUAGCAUUUAAAAGUCUUAUUCUCAUGGGAUAACCAGGAAUGAUAAGUCUUGCCAUGAUGCUAUUUGCCAAUAGGUCAAAUCGUAUGCAACUCCCUGACUGUGCUUGGGUGACUUAACAGUUGUUUUUCAUUAGGGGAUAGCAACUCUGCUCCCAAGGCUGGUGAGCUUAAUGUAUGUCUGUAGAUGGUAAAGAGCAGAAUGUAGUCCUUUCCCCCCACAAACACCUGAAGGAUAUUGACUGAAUAUCUCCCCCCUGCCCUGCCAAUUAUGCCAUUACCAGGUGAUGGUAGGUCGCCAAGGCCUGUGAUUUACUGACAGUGAAUAGAAAUCAUGAUUGAAAUCAAAAUAUACUUGAGAGAUAAUUACUGCAUCAUGUUUGCUUUCCCCCAUAACCACUAUUAUUCUAUCUGAAUUGGAGAGUUGUUUGUGAUCAGGGUGUUAGCAUGUUUCCAGAUGACUUCCAAAUUCCCACUUUGAUUCAAAUGCAGAUUCUCCUCAACAAACAUGUCUCCAGUUUUUUUAGAAUGGGUGUUCAUCUGUAUCUGAGAAUGAUCAUGAUUUGUCCUUUGCCCUCACAUUGAUGCCCCCCUUUCAUCUUUGUUUUCCUUUAUUCUACUUCACUCCUGCCAUAUUAGCCCACCUGUUGCACAAGGCAGCUUCUCAACUCGAAGUCCAGCAUUUCUGGGUGUACUCCUUCCUUCAGCGAUGUUAAGGGGCCUGUUUCAAAAGGCAAUUUUAAGUUUAUUUCAAGCUAGCAGACUCCCCAAGGCCUUUUCCCUGAGUGACUUAGGUUUGGAUCAUGAUCACCUUCAUGUUUGGACAUCCUUUCUGCAUGAUUCUCCUAGAAGCAGCAUGUUCCGUGAAGGGCUUUUUACCAAGAUUAACUCCACAAGCAGCUCACAGGUGAAAUUUAACCCAAUUCCUAGGGGGAAUUCUUUUCUUCCUCUGUUCCUCUCCCCUGACAACUGUUCUCUCUUUUCCUGGAGCAAAUUGGACCCUUGGCGUAUGUGACUUUCAGGGUGUUCUCAGUAAAUAUUCUUGAAAAACAGCACAGCCCAAGCUGUUGCCCCAGGGCUUCUUGUGUUGCCCCCUCCCCUUGCUUCCCUCAUGUUGUUGAGGAAUCUAGUAACAAGUCCCCUCUGCAAAUGCUAACUCGUGGAAAAGAGUGGUGUUAUGCACUUGGCUCGCUAACUUCCCAAGCUGCAAGUAUUCUGUACUUACCUGUUUUAAGGAGAGUUUUACAGAUUGUUGUAAAUACACUACUUGGAGAAAAGACUAGCCUGUGAGUGAUGAGAAAGAAUGUAUUUUUAUGCAAUUUUUUGAGUGGCCUUUCAAACUCUUGAGAUGAAUGGUUUUUGUUUUCUUGAUUGUUACAUAGUAUUCUAAGUAUAUGUUUGAAAGUUUGGGGAUAAUAUUCACCUCUAUGAUGCUUGUAAACACAACAGUAUUUAUAAAUGAAUAAAGUGCUUUAACACAG